GAAUCGUUCGCGAACGACACAACACUGGGUCAUAGCAACAAAUGUCGUCCUCAUGGAGACACAUGUGCGGUAACAAGAACUUAUCCAUCUGAAGGUGUAGAGUUAUCACUAUUUUCUAUAUCUGUCGGCAUAUGUAAAUUAUUUCUAGUUUGAUAACCCUUUUUUGCCAAGCUGAGUGACUGUACAUCCUGAAAAAAGCUAGGUUCUCCAAGUUAACGUUAUCGUAAGUCAAGCUAGCACAUAGUUGUUAUCUGUUACUUGUAAAGAUGAAGGGGAAAUGGAAGCAAAACAGCAAAAAGAAAAAGGGAAACGAGGUUUUAAAGAAGUACAUGGUGGCAGUGGGUGAUUUUAUCAAGAAAAGUGGUGCUGAAGAGGUCGAGGAUGACAAUAGUUUGAGAUUUAUAAAGAAGAAAAGCAGAAAGGAGCUACGUAAAGAAAAACGUAAAAUGAAAAAGGCCAAAAUGAAAAGUCAUUAUGAGGGUAAAAAGGCCCUUAAUCCAACCCAGGAUGAUGGUGGUAACUUGGGAACAUCGACUGAUAAACAACAGAAGAAGAAAGGAAAAAAGAAGAAGGAGAAGGCAAAGACAGAAGAGACAAAAGUCCCAGCAGAGAAAGUGGAAAACUCUAAAGCAUCCCCAACAUCCAAGAAAGGCAAGAAAAGCAACAAGCUCAAGGAAUCCAGAAAAAUGGCACUCUUGGAGGCAAAUGAGGAGGAGGACAGGGAGAUAAAGAAGUUGGAGCGCUGCCUGGGAUUAAACAAGAGGAAAAACAAAAAAAGUCUCCCUCAGUCUUUUGUGGCGGAUGGGCUGGAUUAUAUUCUUGGGAUGCUUGACUCUGGCUCAUCAGCUCCUGGUGUGUACAAUGAUGAUGAUGACGAUGACAUGGACAUGGCAAAGAAAAACUUUGAAAAGCUUGAUGAGGAUGAGGAUGAGUCUGGGCUUUCAGAUGAAGAAGGAGAACCUGAAGAUGAGAUGGAAAGUGAAGCCGGUGAUGAAGAUAUGGAUUCACAGGAUGAUGAAAAUGAGGAGGACAUUGAAAUGGACGAUGAUGAUGAUGAUGAUGAUGAUGAUGAUGAUGGGGACGAUGAUGAUGAUGCUGUGGAGGAUAUAGAGGGUGACCUAGUUGAGAGUGAUUCUGCUGACUCCAACAAUGAAAACGCAGGGGAAACAGAUGAAGCAGCAGACACUCCUAAUGCAAAACCAAAGUCAGAAAAUGUGAGUUCUUUCAUAGUAUCACAGUAUUACUGUCUUUUUAUUGCUAACUACGUACUUGAUCUAAUUCCAAUUUUACAUAUUUUAUUUUCUAGGCCAGCUCUGCAGCAGGUAAAUAUGUCCCACCUCACCUGCGAGGCAUUGGGGAUGAUAAACGUAAAGCAGAGCUUGAAAAACUGAAGAGGAAUGUGAAAGGCCUGGUGAACAGGUAACAAUUCUCAAUCAAAGAAAUACCACUUCUUUUGCCUAACUAUUAAAAGUUGUAAUCAUAAAAAUUAACACUGACCAAUAUUGGUAGUUAAUACUAACCAAUGAUAAACAGACAGCCCCAAUUUAUUUUUUAGCUGGUAUUACUGUAAGGUUUGGAACUUAACAGUGUUUUAUGAAUAAAGAAAUGAUAUGAAGACUGCUGACCAAGCUGUUAAAUUAUGUCCCAUACAUGUGGGGGUCCAGGUUCAGUUUCAAGCUCUGUUACCGUACAGUGCUCCUUGCUCUCUCCAUAUUUCCUGCUCUAUCCACUGUCCUGCUGUAUCUAAGUAAAGGCCAAAAAUCCCCUGAAUAAGUCUAAAAAUAAAGGCUGAAUAUAGUUCUUGGAAGUAUUUAAUAGAUGGUGUCAGUGCCUAGUUUUUCCAGCAGAGUGUGCUCCAUCUAUCUUUAGUGUUAAGUUUUUUUUCCUACUAAAUCAGCUGUAGUUUGGACUUUGAAGCUCUACUCGGUCUGUCUGAUAAAUAUAAGUGUAUUUAAGUGUUUGUGCAUUAUGGACAUAUACUUUAUGAAUAAUUCAACUGGUUAUUAUGCCCUGUCCAUAUGAGUAACACACUCACCUUGGUAUUUCUGUUUAAAGCAUUGGUCUUAAACAAUAUGAAACACAUUAAGAUUGCUUGGUCCUGCAAAUUCACUGGAUCAUCAGUGAGACACAGGGAAAGAUAAGUGGAUCAGAACUUGCACUUACAGAUCACACAUUUUUUAUUAUAUGGAAAAAGGAUAUCUGCACACUUACUUAGUGCAAUUUUCACUAUAUUUUUACUGAAAAUUGCACCAACAAAGUUUGCGCAUAUCCUGUUUCUUACAUCUUAUCUUUUUGAUGCUUCUGUACCUGAUUAACUUUAUGCAAGGUUGAGCAGUAAUCUCUUCACUAAAUUACAAAUUUCAAAACUAUUCCUGAAAGAAAACUGCAGUAUGUCCAGCAUGAGAAUACUGCAUUAAAAACUGCCUGAGUAUUAAGCUGUUUUCUAAUAUCUUUAGGCUGAGCGAGCCCAACAUGGCAUCCAUAAGCAGUCAGCUGGAGGAGCUGUACAUGAGCUGCAGCAGGAAGGACAUGAAUGACACCCUGACAGAGGUGCUGCUGGCUGCCUGCGUCACCCCGGCCCUGAUGCCUGACAGACUGCUGAUGGAGCAUGUCCUGCUUGUCAGCAUCCUUCAUCACACAGUCGGUCUGGAGGUAAAGGAGUUUUCAUAAUGCCAAGGAUCACUUUUAUAUAAACAGGCUUUACUUUAUUCUGGUAUUUUUUUCUGUCUUGUACUUUCUGGUUAAUUUCAAGUAAUCAGUUUGAACAACAGCAUGAGUUGAAUAGAUUUUUGUGUAACCAGCCUGCAUGUGGGCAAUAAUUACAGCUAAAAAGGACAUGGAGGUUUUGUUUUCAUGUUUAAUGAAAGACUAUGCUCUUUCGAUUAUUUUUGAAGAGAAGUGAAACACCUUUCCUUCUUUUUUAAUGUGCAAUGAUCUUGUUUUCUCAUAACAGGAUUUACUGUCUGUUUCCCAGUAAGAUAAAAACAAAAUUAUAAUAAGUGUCAUGAUCUGCACUCAUGUGGCUUUCCAUGCACUUUCUGUGAGAUUUGAAAUUAUUCAGUUAUGAAAAACAACAAUAAUGAUAAAGUCACCUGCAUUUUGAGGUGUGUUUUUAUAUGGAGUCAACUUAAGGGUUUGUCCUUGAACUUAAACAUACUUUGACUUGACUGACAAAUCUUUACUGCUCUGUUUGCUCCAUUUCUCAGGUGGGGGCUCAUUUCCUGGAGACAGUUGUGCGAAAGUUUGACGAAACGUACCAAAACCCGACUGAAAGCAAAGAGUGCGACAACUUGGUGGCUAUAGUGGGUCACCUCUAUAAUUUCCAGGUGGUGCAUUCGGGCCUCAUCUUCGACAUCCUUAAAAUUAUGGUCAGAGCGUUUACAGAGAAGGAUGUUGAACUGGUUUUGUUUGUGCUGAGGAAUGUCGGCUUCGGCCUGAGGAAGGACGACGCUCUGGCUCUCAAGGAGCUCAUUUCUGAAGGCCAGCGCAAGGCCAGUGAAAUGGGGACUAAGUUUCAGGAUCAGACCAGGGUAUGUAGCACAGUAUUCCUUUAAAGUGUCAUUACCUUUCAUUUACUGAACUCUCUGAAACACACAAACUUACCUGAUGAUGGUUCAUUUUAAUGUGCAUAGGUGCGAUUCAUGUUAGAAACUAUGCUGGCAUUGAAGAACAAUGAUAUGAGGAAGAUCCCAGGCUAUGAUCCCGAGCCUGUGGAGAGACUGAGGAAGCUGCAGAGGACUCUGGUAGGUGAUUUAUUUUUAAUGAAAGUCGGUUUAAAACAUUCAUGUGAUUAUUUUUAAGGAAAUAGACGCCAUCUUUAAUUUGUAGCUUAAAGACUGUUUUCUAUUCUUCUACAUAGCACUGCACUGUCUCCAGUUAAUUUCAUAGUAAGUUUUCUUUCACCACCAGGUGGCCCCAUAGCGCCACCUUGAUAGACCCCAGAGCAUUGCUCAUGCCUUCACCAUGACUAUGAGUGAGGCUGUUUUUAACAAGCAGUCUACUUCAGGACGCCUGAUUCCAUGUCUUCCUUUAAUAUUUCACAACUUAUUUACUGUCUUGGUGCGCUAAUGGCAAAUUCUGUGUAAAUCUGCUCCUCAGAUAAACCGCAGUGCAGGGGGCAGUGACAUGAAACUGAGGGUCUCUCUGGAGAAUCUCUUGGCAGCAGAGCAGGUGGGCCGCUGGUGGAUUGUGGGCUCAUCAUGGAGUGGAGCACCCAUGAUCAGUAAGGAACCAGGCAGCGCCACAUCAAAACAGAGCACGGCUGAAGGACAGGUAGAGUACUGGAACCACCUGAAAGAAAUGCAUCUCUCAAUGUAUAAGAUUUAAAUCAUGUAAAAGCUUCAACUUAAAGGGACAAAAACUCAUCUUUUCUUGGAGAUUCUAAUGUAUUUUGCACUUCUGCAAUAUAAUGGAUUUUAUUUAAUCAGUCUAUAUUCAUCAAGUCAGAUAUUUUCUCAUGCUGAAUUUUAAUGAAACAAUUUUUUAGUUUAUCUUGUGUUGCUUCAUAAGCAUCUUUUGAAUGUAGCUGCGGUUAAGGACCAGAGACAGGGUAUUCGAAGCAGUCUAGUUUCCUUGGUUGACCUCAUAAUCUUUGAUUGGAUGUGCUAAGGUUGAAUGUUUUAUAGUCAAGGACUCUGUCAUAUAUUUUGCUAACAGACAAGAAUUUAAAAACAAAAGUAUUUUGCACAAGUACAGUCAAGUCAGAGUAAUUUUAUUCUUUGAUGGUUGUAUUUGGUAGAAUCAGCCAUUCUAAUCAAAAUCUUGUUAUUGUUUUGCUUGAAUCAGUUCAGUGCCAAAGUCCUGGAUCUGGCUCGGAAACAGAGAAUGAACACGGAGAUCAGAAAAAACAUCUUCUGUGUCAUUAUGACCAGUGAGGAUUAUUUGGACGCCUUUGAAAAACUGCUCAGGUUUGUUGUCAUUCACCUCUGUCAGCUGCCGUAUGUCUUUGUUUCACCUCGGUCGACCAAAGACAGAAAAGAUGAUAUUUUUAACACAGUUCCAUUAAUAAGAAGUGCAGUUUUAAGUGUAAUAGUAAUUUCCUCUGUGUCAAAGGAUGGGACUGAAGGACAAGCAGGAGAGAGAGAUCGUUCAUGUUCUGAUGGACUGCUGUUUGCAGGAGAAAACCUUUAACGCUUAUUACGCCGUGCUAGGAGAGAAAUUCUGCUCCCAUGAUCGCCGCUUCCAGGUACUCUAGCUAGUAAAAAUGGAGCAUUGGAUGACUGAGAAACAAAAACACCAUGAAUUUACGAAACACUGUCCCCAGGACUUUAUUGUCUUUUAUCUUAAGAGCAGAAAAAUAUUAGGUAUCAUUUCAUCCUGUAUUUUUAGAACCAAGACAACAAGAUUAUUUCAUCUACAGAAAUUCUUUAUCUAUGAUUCUACUUUAUUUAAAAUUUGUCAUCACUUUAUCACUAUUUCAUUCUUUUAUAACUAACUAAUUUGUCUUUAACGGCCAGAUUAUUAUAAACAAUUUUUGAAUUUAGUAGCUAUAACAAGACAUUCACUGCUUAAAAACCUAACUCUCACCAACUCAAAAUUAGUUGCAGGCAUUUUUCUAUGUCCAUCAAUUUCACCUCUUGUCGUUUUUCAUUUAUCAUGAUAUGUUGAGAGUAAAAAGAUUAUCGUAAAGUUGAAUGGUGCAGUUUCCCCCUGUUUAUUUGUCUAGUUUAAAAUCCCAAAUUAUCAUGGGUGGUCUGAAAAAAAUAUGCACAUACAUAAACCAUAAUUCAACUUAUGUAUGUCUAUCCCUGCUCAUUUCUGAAUUACAAAUUUUAAUUUAAAAGAGUAAAUUCUCUAUACAUCUGAUGACAAUUAGACAAGCAUCAUUUAUGAUUAAAUGACCUCCCCAGUGUGUGUGUGUGUGUGUGUGUGUGUGUGUGUGUGUGUGUGCCUGCCUGCCUGCCUGUGCCUGUGUGUGUGACCACCCAGUCUCCUAAACUGUGUGUGACCUGCUGCGUGUGGCCUGUAGUUCACCUCUGUAGUGUGGGAUCCUCUCACACCUCUCACCUCUGAUAUUACUCCCCUCAAACUGUGAGCUCAAACAAUAGGGGGCGAGAACACACUUCCUACUUUGCUAUCUCGUAGACUGCGGGUCCGUAUCAGAAAACUGACGACCAUUGUCCUGAUCAAAGAGCUCAGAGUGGGGCUGGUGAGAAUGUUUGUUUUUCACAUGUAAACUGCAUCUGAAGGAGGUGAUUACCUGUGCAGAGAAGCUGCUUUUUGUUGUUUAUAGACUGUGCUUCUCUUUUAGGGAACUAUCUGAUUCUUUUUUUAAUCCUUUAUGUGUGGAUCUGAUGUCUCUUUUUCCUCUAAGAUGACUUUCCAAUUCAGCCUAUGGGAUAAGUUCAGGGAGCUGUCAAACCUUCCUAGCAGCACCUUCAACAACCUAGUCCAGCUGGUGACCCGCUUUCUCCAGAGGAAGUGCCUCUCACUCUCCGUGCUCAAAGUAAGACAUGCAGGGUGAAGCUUUCACUGUGUUAGAUCUGGAUUUUAAUGUUAUAAACUGACUUUACUAUCUGUGUUUUCCUGUGUUAGGUUAUAGAGUUUGGGGAGCUCGACAAACCCACCGUCCGUUUCUUACGUCAUGUGCUAACCAAGCUUUUAAAAGAAACCGAGCCUGAGGAGCUGGUCAGCAUAUUUGGAAGGUGAGCUCCCUCCAGUUCUUCAAGGUUUAAGGAUUAGAUCAGUCACAAAAAAGGAAGAUGAAUGCAAAACUGGCUGAUCUGUGCAGAGAACAUUGCAGCAGUGAUUUCAGCUGAAUGCCAUCAUUGGUGUAUUGACAUGCUCUCAAUAAACACUCUGAAUUAGGCUGUUUCGCUGUUAGAACAUAUACAUGCCCUUUUUUCAAUUGGGAGAAGAAAAGGUGUUGAAUAAGAAGUCUGUGAGAAAUUUUCACACACUGAUGGAGACAAUGAUGGUUUUAAAGUCACAAACCGAAUCUAAAUGGGGAAAAACAGACUCCUAAAUCUGGUGAGCACAGUAGAUUUCCUAAAAUAGUUCUUUGAGACAGAAAUGCAGGUAAACAAGUAGAGAUCAGGUUGAUGGAAAUGUCAGAUUUGCAGAACAAUCUAGUAUUUGAGAGACACAUCUGGAUCUGAUGGUGGCAACAUCUGAGAAGAAAGAUUGAAGUUGGAUAGGUGCUAAUAUUCCCAAGUCCGUUUUACGUGUUGAGCAAGGUUAACCCCCAUUAACCCACAUCUUUUCUCUUUGCCCCUCAUGAACGUCUGUAAUCAAUGUCCUUCCUUGUUUCCCAUCUGCCAGGAUCUCAGGAAUUCCCAAGCUAGGAAUGCUGCGGGAGGGCUUGAAGCUUUUCAUCAGCCACUUCCUACUGAAGAAUGCUCAGUCACAGGGACCAGCUGAGCAAGCAUCGCUGCUGUCAGAGCGCGCACAGGUCGCUUCUAGAGCCAUGGAGGCCAAGGAGGCCAAACUGAAACUGUAAAAACGACACACACCACACACUCACACCUCAGAGACUUACAAAACUGCGGAACAGAAGUAGACGUACUUCUUCAUACAAAGAGCUCAAACCUACACUUUCCCUCAGCAGACAAUGCGGAAUAAAUGUAUAUUUUUAAUAAAAUAAUGAUGUUUUGCCUCGGGGGUUGUUGGACAUAGUUUUUAUCAUGAUUUUUUUAAAUUUAAUUUGGAAGAUAUCGAUGCGUAUAAAGACACACCUAUCUGUCAAGCAGUGUGCACUGGCUCAACUCACUAACAUUCUUCAAAAAAUAACAUAAAAAAACUGCAUAAUUUCAAUUUGUAAGUAUUACCUUUGACAUUGAAGUAUCUCACCUCUCAAAUGAAUUGUUCGGGAUGGUUCUUGUACAUUUGUUUACAUUUCUGAAAUAUAAUUCAUCUAAAGAAUCUCA